AUGGAAAAACUUAAAAAAUCUUUCAAAUCUGAAAUAGAAGAACAUCAAAAUCUCUUAAACCAAACUGAAAAAUCUAAUCUUUCCAUGUUUAGAGAAACCCCAAAACCCCUAAAAGAAACUGAAUUGUCCAUUUCUCCAGAACCCCAUUUCACCAAGAAUGACAGUAAUGAUAAAGAUUUCAACUUUAUCACAGAAUCACCAUGUUCACAACAAGAAGUUUUGGUUUGCAGUUCCACCUCUUCUUUUAGGAAAAAAUCUAAUCUUUUGGUUAACAGGACAAAAUCAAGGCUAAUGGAACCACCUGAGCAAGAUCAGAGGUCUGGGGUUUUGUUAAAAGAUAGUGAAAUUGAAGAAGAGGACCCCUUUUCAGAUGAGGAUUUACCUGAGGAAUUCAAGAAAGUGAAGUUUAGUUUAUUAACUGUUCUUCAGCUGGUGAGUUUAGUUGUGAUUAUUGCUGUUUUAAGUUGUAGUUUUGUGUUUAGUGUAUUGAGGGAAAAGAGGGCUUUUGGGCUUGAAUUGUGGAAAUGGGAAGUAAUGAUUUUGGUGUUGAUUUGUGGAAGAUUGUUUUCUGGUUGGGUUAUAAGGUUGGUUGUGUUCUUCAUUGAGAGUAAUUUUUUGUUGCGAAAACGCGUUUUGUAUUUCGUGUAUGGAUUGAGGAAUUCAGUGCAGAAUUGCAUUUGGUUGAGUUUGGUUUUGAUUGCUUGGCUGUGUAUUUUUGAUAAAAAAGUUGAUAAAAUGACUGGUGGGAAGGUUUUGCCUUAUGUGUCAAGCAUUUGGAUUUGUCUUUUGGUUGGUGCAUACAUUUGGUUGUUGAAAACACUUCUUGUGAAGGUACUAGCUAUGUCAUUUCAUGUUAGUACAUUCUUCGAUCGAAUUCAAGAAUCUUUGUUUAAUCAGUAUGUGAUUGAGACGUUGUCUGGGCCUGCAUUGGUUGAGAUUGAUCAGCGAGAUCACGAGGAGGAGGAGGAGAAAGUUAUGGCUGAAGUGGAGAAGCUUCAGAGUGCUGGGGCUACAUUGCCUGCUGAUCUAAAGGCAAGCAUAUUUGCAAAGAGACUGAUUGGAACACCACGGAAGACUCCUACGGGUUCUACUCCGAGGAGUUCUGCAUUUUCGAGGGCUAUUUCCGAGAAGGAAAAAGAAAAGGAGGGUGGAAUUACUAUAGAUCAUCUGCAUAGACUGAAUCAGAAGAACAUUUCUGCUUGGAAUAUGAAAAGGCUGAUGAAUAUGGUUCGAAAUGGUGUGCUGUCAACUUUGGAUGAGAAGUUACCACAGUCGAAUUUCGAGGAUGAAACUGCUGUGCAGAUCACUAGUGAAAAAAAGGCGAAAGCUGCAGCCAAGCAGAUAUUUAACAAUGUAGCUAAGCCUGGGUCCAAGUUCAUCUAUUUGGAGGACUUGAUGCGUUUUAUGAGAGAAGAUGAGGCUUCAAAAACAAUGUGCCUUAUUGAAAGUGGAACUGAAACCAAAGGCAUAAGUAAAUGUGCUCUGAAAAGUUGGGCGGUGAAUGCAUUUAGAGAGCGAAGGGCGCUUGCUCUGUCGUUAAAUGACACUAAGACUGCUGUAAACAAGCUUCAUCAAAUGUUAAAUGUCCUUGUGGCAAUAAUCAUAUUGGUCAUCUGGCUCCUUAUACUCAGAGUUGCUACUAUGCAUUUCUUGGUCUUUUUGAGUUCUCAGAUUCUUCUAGUAGUAUUCAUCUUCGGAAACUCAGCCAAGACGACAUUUGAGGCAAUCAUCUUUUUAUUUGUGAUGCACCCGUUUGAUGUAGGCGAUCGUGUUGAAGUUGAUGGAGUUCAGAUGGUAGUUGAAGAGAUGAAUAUACUGACUACAGUUUUCCUAAGAUAUGAUAACCAGAAGAUCAUAUAUCCAAAUAGUGUCCUAUCGACGAAGCCCAUCAGUAAUUACUACCGCAGUCCAGACAUGGGAGAUUCAGUCGAUUUCUCCAUUCAUAUCUCAACUCCCAUGGAAAAGAUUGCUAUGAUGAAAGAGAAAAUAACGAGGUAUAUCGAAAACAGGAGUGAUCAUUGGUAUCCGGCUCCAAUGAUUGUAAUGAGAGACGUGGAAGACAUGAACGGGAUAAAGUGGUCAGUGUGGCUCUCACACACGAUGAAUCACCAAGACAUGGGAGAGAGGUGGGCGAGAAGAGCUCUUCUUAUUGAAGAAAUGGUGAAAACAUUCAGGGAGCUCGAUAUCCAAUAUCGUAUGCUACCUCUCGAUGUCAACAUUCAUAACCUCCCACCAUUAUCGUCAACGAGAGCUCCUUCUAACUGGACAACGUGUGCUUAAUUGAUCGAAAAGACGAUCACUAAAGAUGAUCUAAAGAUGGUUGAGGUGGUUUUUUGUUCAUUGUUAUUAGAUGUCACAGAGUCCAUACAUAGAUUGUAAUUACUAAUUAGAUGUUAUAAAACUAUUGUAAUAAGAUGUUAUUAGGCCAAAUGUUCAUUGUAACAAGGUUUAACUUGCUUAAUUGGAUCUUGAACUUAACUAAUUA